UCAUUUUCAUUUUGAAACGCCAAAAGUUAAUUUAAUUGCUGCAUUGCAUCUGCCAUUCACGAACCCUCGUUUAAGGAACGCAAAGCUUCCAUCUUGGGGACCAUGGAUGCUUUGUUGAGCUCUCAUCAAUAUCAAUGGCGGACGGAGGCUCUCCCUGUCUCCUACUUCAUGUGUUUAUCCACGAAGUAAUCAUGAUUUAAAUUCACCGCUCUCUUUCUUUCAUUCUUUCUUUAUUUGUUGUUUGUUUUAACCGUUUGUACAUAUCCUUUUCAUUAUCGGGCAUGGUUGAUUUGUGAUGAAACCUUUUGGAUAGAGCUUUAAAUCGAAAUCAUUACGAACCCCAUUUUCUUUGAUUUGUCUUUCUGGGUGUUGGAAUCUCCAUCGGAAUUUGUGUUUUGAGCUUGAUUUGCAGAAGGGUUUGGAUUAAUAAGGCUUCUAGUGGGUGGAUUCGAAGUGGGUUGCUUUGAUUUUGUGCUAUGGUUGUGAUUGAAGAACGGAAAUUGUAAUGGAUGAGAGUGUGGUUGAAAAGAGCCAAGGGAUUGGCCACAUUGUGCCUGAAAAUGAGAUGUUUAGCCAUUUGGUUGAAGAACAUGGACGUGAGAGUAGCUCGAGCUCUGAUUUUCUUACAUCGGAAACCACAGGGGGGCUUGAGGAGCACAGUCACAGUGGCUCGGAGGACUCAUCGCCCCCUUCUUCAUUGAGUUGGUCCACUCGAAAAGCUUACGGACCGGAUUGUAUUAGACCUAAUGUUGCUGAUAAAGAAGAAAAAAGCUAUGAUGAUAAUAGGAAGGUGGAGAAGAAAGUAUCUCCCUCGUCAGAGGUUGAGAUGUUGAAGGAAAGGUUUUCUAAACUGCUGCUCGGAGAAGAUAUGUCAGGCUGCGGAAAUGGGGUUUGUACGGCGUUGGCUAUAUCGAAUGCCAUUACAAAUCUUUGUGCCACUCUGUUUGGGCAACUGUGGCGAUUAGAACCUAUUUCAGAAGAGAAGAAAGUGCGGUGGCGAAGGGAGAUGGAUUGGCUUCUUUGUGUUAGCGAUCAUAUUGUCGAGUUCAUGCCUACUUGGCAGACGUUUCCUGAUGGAAGCAAGCUUGAGGUUAUGACGUGCAAACAACGCUCGGAUCUUUAUGUUAAUCUUCCUGCUCUUCGGAAACUGGACAACAUGCUUCUUGAAAUAUUAGAUAGUUUUGAAGUUUGUGAGUUCUGGUAUGUUGAUCAAGGGAUACACGGCCCUGAGACUGAUGGGUCUUCCUCUUUCCAUAGAGUGCUACAGCGUCAAGAAGAUAAAUGGUGGCUUCCCGUGCCUCGAGUUCCUCCGGGUGGUCUCCAGGAAGACUCAAGAAGGCAACUGCAACAAAAGCGCGACAGCACAAACCAGAUAUUAAAAGCUGCAAUUGCAAUUAACAGUACUACUUUGGCUGAUCUCGAAAUUCCCGAACCAUAUCUCGAAGCCUUACCGAAGAAUGGAAGAGCCUGUUUGGGAGAUCUCAUAUAUCGAUAUAUUUCAUCAGAUCAAUUCUCUCCUCAAUGUUUACUUGACUGCCUUGAAAUGUCAUCUGAACAUCAAGCUACUGAGAUCGCUAACCGGGUCGAGGCUUCUAUCUAUGUAUGGCGGAAAAGAACGAGCUCAAAACCUGCUAUGAACUCAAUCAAACACAGUUCAAAAUCGUCAUGGGAAAUGGUGAAGGAGCUGAUGGUCGACUCGGAGAAAAUGGAGCUGCUAGCAGAGAGAGCAGAAACUCUAUUGCUUUGCCUGAAGCAACGGUUUCCUGGUCUUCCACAGACAACCUUAGAUAUGAACAAGAUCCAGUACAAUAAGGAUGUCGGAAAAUCCAUCCUAGAGAGCUACUCUCGAGUUUUGGAGAGCCUAGCAUUCAACGUCGUUGCACGAAUCGAUGAUUUGCUUUAUGUGGACGAUCUCACAAAGCAUUCUGAUCAGCAGCUCUCGUCCAUAUCGAAACUUGGUGUGAUUUCUCACAAGAACAGCCCAUUGCAUUUCUCAGUGCCCAUCUCUGGCACUCCAUAUAAAACACCAUUUGCCACUCCAAGCUUUUCACCUGUUCAAGCAGCGAGUCCUGCCAAAACUGCCCAGCGUGGGUUCGGUAUCAGAAAGGUUUUGAUCGACUACCUUGGUAUCGAAGCAAGAGGAGGAAAAGAAGCCAGCAAUGAUAUAGAGAAACUUGAAUCAGUUGCCUACGCAGAACUCGACAAGCAAACCGCUCAGCUCAGGGAAGGAGUAAUGAGCUUCCCCUCCCCCGAACAAGGAUCGUUUGCAUGAGUAAAAUCCAAGCUUGGUUUUCAUGGCUGUACGUUUUCCAGUUGAAUUUGUCAGUUUUGUGGAUGUUUUUUUGUAUGUAUAGGAUGUAUAUUUAGUCUUCAAUUUGGCUUGUAUUUGUGUUGAUGAGGAAUCAAAUGCUCCGCCUUCAAAGUAAUACAUACGUGCUUAUUAA